AUGGGGCCCAGCUCCCAGCACCCCCUCAGCCUAAACCUGCUGCUGCUCCUGCUGGCACUGCCACUCGGGGGCCAGGCUGGCACAGAUUGCUACGGGAUCCCGGGGAUGCCGGGCCUGCCAGGGGCCCCAGGAAAGGACGGGCACUAUGGGCUGCGGGGGCCCAAGGGCGAGCCAGGAAUCCCAGCUACCCCCGGGACACGAGGACCCAAGGGCCAGAAGGGAGAACCCGGCACACCUGGCUAUCCUGGGAAAAAUGGCCCCAUGGGAGCCUCCGGGUUGCCAGGUGAUCCAGGUAUCAAAGGCCCCACUGGAGAGCCAGGUGAGGAAGGCAGAUACAAGCAGAAGCACCAAUCAGUAUUCACGGUGACCCGGAAGACAGUCCAGUUCCCAGCACCCAACAGCAUAGUCAAGUUCAACUCAGUCAUCACCAACCCACAGGGGGAUUACAACACAAACACCGGCAAGUUCACCUGCAAAGUCCCCGGCCUCUACUACUUCGUCUAUCACACAUCACAGACAGCCAACCUAUGCGUUCAUUUAUACUAUAAGGGCGUCAAGACGACCACCUUCUGUGACCACAUGUCCAACAGUAAGCAGGUCAGCUCAGGGGGCGUGCUGCUGCGGCUGCAGGUGGGCGACGAAGUGUGGCUGGCUGUCAACGACUACAAUGGCAUGGUGGGCACAGAGGGCUCCGACAGCGUCUUCUCUGGCUUCCUGCUCUUCCCCGACUAG